GGUGAGGUGGGGGCCGCGGUGGGCGCGGCGAGCCCGCGGCCGCUCCGUGGGCUUUUCGCGCCUUCGACACCAGCCUCGAGCGCCCGAGGCGGACUGUGGGCCGCGCCUCCCACGGGCAGGCCCGGCCCCGCGAAGUGGGCGCGGACCCCCGGGCAGGGACGGCGUUGGAACACGGGACCCCGGGCCCCGGAGUUUGUAGAGAAGCCUUUGAAGCUGGUCCUCAAAGUGGGAGGGAACGAAGUCACCGAGCUCUCCACCGGCAGCUCGGGGCACGACUCCAGCCUCUUCGACGACAAAAACGAUCAUGACAAACACAAGGACAGAAAGCGGAAAAAGAGAAAGAAAGGCGAGAAGCAGGUUCCAGGGGAAGAAAAGGGGAGAAAACGGAGACGAGUCAAGGAGGAUAAAAAGAAGCGUGAUCGGGACCGUGUGGAGAACGAGGCAGAGAAAGACCCCUCGUGCCAGGCCCCCGUGGGAUUAGACGUGCCUCCUGAGAAGCCUCUCGCAGGCUCUUUAGCCAAACAAGAAGAAGUGGAACAGACACCCCUUCAAGAAGCUUUGAAUCAAUUGAUGAGACAAUUACAGAGAAAAGACCCAAGUGCUUUCUUUUCAUUUCCUGUGACUGAUUUCAUUGCUCCCGGCUACUCCAUGAUCAUUAAACACCCGAUGGAUUUCAGUACCAUGAAGGAAAAGAUCAAGAACAAUGACUACCAGUCCAUAGAGGAGCUGAAGGAUAACUUCAAACUCAUGUGCACCAACGCUAUGAUUUACAACAAACCAGAGACCAUUUAUCAUAAAGCUGCAAAGAAGCUGUUGCACUCAGGGAUGAAAAUUCUUAGCCAGGAGAGAAUUCAGAGCCUCAAGCAGAGCAUAGACUUCAUGGCAGACUUGCAGAAAAGUCGAAAGCAGAAAGACAAAGCAGACGCCUCACACGGCGGAGGGGACAGAGGCUGCUGGCCUGCAGAGAGAGAGGACGCUGGCUCUGCUGAGGCGCAGGCCUUCAAGAGGCCCAAUAAGGACGACAAAAAGAAAGACAAAGAAAUGCUUGAAGAUAAACUGAAGAGCAAUAAUCUAGAAAGGGAGCAGGAACAGCUUGAUCGCAUCGUUAAGGAAUCUGGAGGGAAGCUGACCAGGCGGCUGGUUAAUAGUCAGUGUGAAUUUGAAAGAAGAAAACCAGAUGGAACAACAACGCUGGGCCUUCUCCACCCUGUGGACCCUGUCGUAGGAGAACCCGGCUACUGCCCGGUGAGGCUGGGCAUGGCGACCGGAAGGCUGCAGUCCGGAGUGAACUCGCUGCAGGGCUUCAAGGAGGACAAGAGGAACAGAGUGACUCCAGUGUUAUACUUGAACUACGGGCCCUACAGUUCUUACGCGCCGCAUUACGACUCCACGUUUGCAAACAUCAGCAAGGACGACUCUGACUUAAUCUAUUCAACCUAUGGCGAAGACCCUGACCCGCCGAGCGAUUUCAGCAUCCAUGAGUUUUUAGCCACGUGCCAAGAUUACCCAUACGUCAUGGCAGAUAGUUUGCUGGAUGUUUUAACCAAAGGAGGGCAUUCUAGAACCCUGCAAGAGUCAGAGAUGCCAUCACCUGAAGAUGAAGGCCAGACUAGGACACUUGACACAGCAAAAGAAAUAGAGCACGCCGAGGUCGUUCUUGCCCCUUUUUGGAAGCAGAUGACAGAAGCGGAGCCAGUGGGGCAGUUGGACUCCCGGACUCGGGACAGGCUCACGGCCCUGGAAGCGGUAGCAAACUUUGGUGCUCCGGCUGAAGUUUUUGACUCUGAGGAAGCUGAAGUGUUCCAGAGGAAACUCGACGAGACCACCAGGCUGCUCAGGGAGCUCCAGGAAGCGCAGAACGAGCGGCUGAGCACCAGACCCCCACCCAACAUGGUCUGCCUGCUGGGGCCCUCGUACAGGGAGAUGCAUCUCGCUGAACAAGUGACCAAUAAUCUCAAAGAACUUGCCCAGCAAGUAACUCCAGGAGACAUCGUAAGCAUGUAUGGAGUUCGAAAGGCAAUGGGGAUUUCCAUCCCCUCCCCCAUCGUAGACAGCAGCUUGGUAGACUUAACAGAAGAUUUUGAAGUACCUCAAAAGACUGAUGCUGCUGAAUGUGGACCUCAUGGGAUUUGAAGCUCACUGGUAUUUGAGUAUAUAUUGUGUAUAUAUUUUUUUCAUGCUUAACUUGGAAAUGCUUUUCAGAAGAUAUUAAAUAUUUGUAAAUUGUGUUUUUAAUUAAACUUUGGAACGAUUACUUUUAAUGUUCCAGAAACUGGACUUCUGUUAGGUAAUAAAGCUGAACCUGGGACUGUGA